AUGCUACACCUCGUGGUAUCAAACCUCCGAGGGGUUCCUCCCUGUAUGAAGAAUCUACUCACUUCUCUCACGAAGAACCGUUCGUACGGAAUAAGACCCGCGCGUAAGGAACCCCUGUGUAAACACUUCUCGACUGAAACCAAUACCCCCUCCACAGACAUGGUUUUACCAGAAAACGCAAUAACGUAUGAUACCCCCAAUUUCCACUUCAUCAUUUAUGGCAUACUCCACGGACAGAUAAAUGAAAAAAGGUGUAGUGGCAAGGACGCAUCGGAACUCUUGAGCAAAGUAAAACCGAAUUAUCUUCUCCUAGAACUAUGCCAACAGAGACUAAGCAAAAUAAUGGAAAUCCUUUCCACUAAGGAAAAAAAAAAAGACUACCAUAAUAAUUACAGUAAAUUUACUUACCUCCCAAGAAUACAUAAUGGCUUUUUACAAAAUGAAUUUUUACCAAUUAUUCAAGAUUCCAUAAAAAAUAAAUGGAAAAUAUUUUUACUCGAUAGAAAUAUUAACACCAUUAGAAAUCGACUUGAUUCUAGACUCCUCUAUGACACCAGUGCUUACAGAAAAUUCUUCACCUACUGCAUUGAAUCCAUAUCGCUCAGGCACUACUCCUUCGAGGAAUUUACCAAGCUGUACAAACACUAUGACCCAUCCACCGCAACUGACAAGGAUACUCUUCACCGUGGUACACCACCCAAUGACACCGGAGACACCCCCACCAAAGGUGUCCAUGAAGGGGAACUGCGUAUGGAUACACACAAUGAACGCAAGGUGCGUGAUAACUUCGCCUCGGAGGCAGCACAAGGGGUAGAACCCGAACAAGGUCGUAUCAGUACACCACAGGAUGCCGACCAAAAUGGAGAGAGUGAAAAUUGGAAAAAAUUAAAGUUGCUGCAAACUCUAAACGAAAGACUAAAAGUUCUGUCCAAACCGACGUAUGAUAUCCUGGUGGAGGAAAAAUGUAAAUACAUGGCGAACAACAUUUGGUGUUUCCUACUCAAUAAUGAUGAACAUUUCUUCGAUAAAAAACCCGUAAAGAAAACAAUUUUUGUUCUCUGUAGUGCCAAUAUAGUUCACAAAUUGGUAGAGGAGAUGGACAAUGUAUACCUCAGUCUAUGUAAAAGGUAUGAAUCUAACAUAAGUAGCAAUAGUACUGAACACCUAGUAUUUGAAAAUCCAUAUACUUCGUAUGGCACGUAUGUAAAACCACACUGGCCCUUCAUUUUUAUCAAGUACUACUUCAUUCCUUCCUUCAUUUUAUAUGUUACACUGAACACGUUCUAUGCGCUCACUGCAUGGGUUUACAAGUCUAAUUUUCAGAGAGCUUCUUCUCCUUCACAUAGAAUUAUAGACAUAGAGGUGUAA